UUAUAUAGACCAAAUGCGUAUAUCAUUUUGGAGGAUUGAAAAGAACGGAACGCAGAAAAAAGAUGGCGGCCAACAUGGCGCGAAAAGUAAAGUCGUCUUCAGUUGGUGGUCAGGACGAGUGGAGUGUAAGAGAAAGACUGAUUUUAGCGUCUUCUGUACUACGUAGCGGAGAUCAAAAUUGGGUAUCAGUAAGCCGAACCGUAAAACCCAUUGCGGAUUCAACAUUUGGUGUAAAACCACGUCCUCCUGACUUCUUUUCCCAAAAGAGUUGUGCUGCUCAAUAUUCAGAAAUGUUGGAGAAAGUAUCUACACCUAAACGAAAAAGAACUAAUGAAGCUGGAGGCACAGAAACCCCAGGAGAACAAAUUGUUAGAACACUUACGUUUGAAAGGAUUGAUGAGUUGAAAAAACUUAUCAAAGAUGAUCAGAUGAAGUAUAGAAAGCUAAAGUCUGAAAUUGAGAUGAUUCUAAGUGGGAAAUGUGAUGAUAGAUUGCCAAUAAUUUAUGAAAGUUUGCAGAAUAGAUCCAAACCACAGAUGGAACCACCAUCAGGAUAUAGCUCUGCCCAGCAACGUGAACCAAUGAAACUUCCACAGUAUCCUCAACAUGUUCCACAAUCAUCAUCACUUUCAGCCACACCAGCUCAACAACCAUUAAAAAGUCCUAUAUCCCCAUCACCUCAAAAGAUGAAGAAUCUUCGAGUACCAAAACCUACAGAAAGAUUUCAGAAGUAUCAGCAACAGCAACAAGCCCGUCAUGGACAUACUUCAUCUCAAAGCCAACAGCAAUAUAAACAGCAACUUAAUGCAUUAGAGCAACUUCAAAAACAACAACAACUUCAACAAUUCCAGCAGCAGUUACAACAACAGCAAAUGCACCAACAACAAUUUCAACCACAACUCCCACAACAACCCCAUAAUAACAUGAUAUCCACAGACGGACCAUCUCCUGUAAUACAGGAACACGCUCCAACAUCACAACAGUUUUUUCGUUCCAAUGGUCAACAGGAAAUGGCACUGCAUCAACAACAGCCACAACUCAUAACACCAGCAGUUCCAGCAAGUUUCCCAAGUAGUGUUCCUGAUAAAAGUCAUCUAACACAUCUUGUACAGCCAGGACAUAAUACAGUCAAAAAAGAACUUAAUGAUAUCAUAAUGGAGAUAGAUGUUCCUUUUGAUAAACAAACAAAACAUAAAGUCAGUCCAAACAUGAAGGAAACACCCUCUGCCCAGGAACCUAUAAUUGACAAUGGUGUUCAAAGUCCAGCUCCAUUAAGUGGUGCAACAUCAUCAGGGCUGUUAUCCACCUUGUUAACUACACCUGUUAAAGAAAUCAAACAUGUUGCUGAGACAAUUAACCAGAGUUCUGAGCAAGAGAGAAAUGAAACAAUGUCACAGCAAAGAUCAGAAAUUUCAAUUCCUUUUUUAGAUGAAAGUAUUCCUGCAAGCAAUGCUCAGAAUUCAAAAUCAAGGAUAACUACACCAUCAGCAACUGAAGUUGCACCAACCUUGUCCAAACUCCUCACUACAACAGCUUCAGUUAAUGGUAAACUGCAGUCUUCAACUGAAACACCCCAGACUAAGAAACCUUCAACAUCAAAGUCUGAUGAAACAUUGCUUGUGCAAAAAAAUUCUCUUGAGUCUGCACCUAGGAACCAGAAGCCAUCAGAGGAUGAUCCACUAUCAGAAUUAUUGACAGACAGCAUUAAGGAAGAAGCUGCUAAAGAACAGUUUGAUAAAGAAAUUUUAGAUCGACCUACACCCAAAGUAUUGGUCAGUAUUGAUGAGGUGAAGCCAAAACCUGAAAAGAGACGGCCAGGUCGUCCAAGAACUAGAAAACCACCAAAGGAAACUGAAGAAGAUGAUGCAGAAGAAAGUUUCAAAGAGAGUGUGAAGCCAUCGGAUACAAAAGUUGAAACAGAUGAAAGUGAAGAAAGAUAUAAGAAAUGUGAAGAUGAUUUAAAAAAAGAAGAUAAAUCUGAGCUUAGUGUUCAAAGUAGUUUUGGUUCAGAAUCCAUACCAGAUAGUCCAGCUUCGCAAGUAUCACAAAGUGGCAGUGAUGACUUGGAGUCAUUACAGGCACAGAAGAACUGGAAAAAGUCCAUUAUGCUUGUAUGGCGAGCUGCUGCAAAUCAUAAAUAUGCAAAUGUGUUUCUUCAUCCUGUCACAGACGAUGAAGCUCCUGGUUACCACAAUGUCAUCUACCGACCAAUGGACCUAUCAACUAUCAAGAAAAACAUUGAAAGUGGUGUGAUUCGUACAACAAGCAGUUUCCAACGAGAUAUGAUGUUAAUGUUCCAGAAUGCUUUAAUGUAUAACAGUGCCGAUCAUGAUGUAUAUCGCAUGGCUGAAGAGAUGAGAGAAGAUGUCAUGGAACAGAUCCAGUCGUACAUUGCCACUCAACUGAUGGUCCAGUCAGACAGAGAAUCUAAAAUGUUGAGAGGCCACAAAACAGAUGUGUUUCAUUUCUCUCUGUAACUUGCCAUCAGAAAGGCAUAUCAAGAUGGACCAUGAAUGGACUCAAACACAACACAUGUGACAACUUUAAAAAACUAUAAUCUUUACAAUUCCCACAAAUUUGGGUAACCUCAAAAUAUUUACAAAAUUAAUCUCAGCAAACUUUCAUAGUUUUUACCAAGGAUCAACAUUGUGACAAUAAUAAACACACUUUCUCCCU